UGACCUCAAGGAAAGCUGCUGUACCUUUUAGGCCAGAACAUUUACCUGCAGAGAAACAGCAAAGGGCUCGUGUAGCCUUGCUCGGAGGCCUGUGUGUACAGGCGUUUUUUGUGGCAAAGUGUCAAUCAAUCAGCUCCACUUUCCCUGUGAUAGGCAUUAGGGGUGCUGCAGGGACAAGGGGAAAAACGCAACCUUUCCUGCCUCCGGCAGUGUUUGUCACUAAAGGAAGGGGACAGCCUGUUCUGAUGAGCACAGUGUCUGAUGGCAGCAGCCCUGGGGAGCCAGGACACUGAUCAGGGCAGAAAGCUAAAUGGCAAACGCUUGGUUCACAGUUGAAGGCACCCUGUUCUGCUGAUACGCAGCUCUUCCCUCCCAGGUCCUGCUGAUGGGCAGCAGCCCUUUGGCUGCCAUGAGACAGGUGAGAUUAAGAGGCCGUGGGGCUCUGCGCGGUCUGCCCCAGCUUGUCCCAGAACAAGCACUGAUGGCUGAAGCUCUGCAGCAGCAGCUUCCCCGCGGUGUUACUGUGGGGCGGGGGGGAGGACGGUGGGGGGGGUCUCUGAUCACUUUGGGGACAUAAGCACCAUCACCUACAAGAGUGUCAUGAGAUGGAUGCUGGAGUCUGACUCUGGCAGUUGUGCCUAAAACUUCUAUUUUAUUUCUGAAGACUUCUGUUUUAAUUCCUAAACAGCCUGAGUGACUAAAGAUCCCCAGGAUAGCCAGUGCCUGGCCUUGGACACAGGAGUCAAAGUGCGCUGCACGGGCUUUUACCUGAAUGCUAAUGAAAGCUAGAAGUAGUAGUUAAAAAUAAAUCACAAGUCCUUUGCUUGUAGAAGAUGAAUCUUGAGCAGAGCGAAUGAGGGGUGGCAGAGCAGCAACCGUCCUUAUGGCCACCAAAGGUAGAGCAGGAGAAACACUAAUCCCCUGCGCAGCCUCGUCACCAAGAGGAUUAGGCAGGAUUUUAUCGAGCCCAAGCAAGCGGCAAGCAGCAGCCGAGAGCUGACACCACGCAGGAGGGGCAGCAGCCACCUGGGCCACGUCCAGUGGUGCAUCGCCGGGGUCCCCAUGGGCAGGCAGCGUGGCCCGCCGGUGCCGAGGUGGAGGCAGCUCCUGCGCGCCGGGUGCUGGCGGCUCCUCUCGCUCUCUGGGACGGUGCUCCGGGGGCUGCGGUGGCUCUGGAGGCUGGUGUGGUACCUGCUGUUCUGCUACAAGAGCUGCUGGGACGGCGCCUUCCAGGUCACCGAGGAGCUCGGCGUGGUGCUGCAGGCGAAUCUGGAAAGUGGCAGCCAGGGGAGCGAGGAGGAGGAGGAGCAGGAUGGGGGCUCCACUUCUGUGCUGGAGCCUGGGCAGGCAGUGGCAGAGCGGCGGCGGUGCGGUGACGCCAGCGAGGCCGUGCUGGAGAGGUUAGAGGCGCUGGAGGCCGACGUCCGCUUCCUCUGCACCGAGCUGGGCGCCGAGAAGCUGCUGUGGAGCAGCCGGUUCCUGGAGCUGCUGCGGGAACAGCAAGGCCUGCGCCAGCGGCUGCAGGAGCGCCCGCGGCGGUGGGACAGCGGUGACAGCCCCAAGCUGCUGGGGGAAGCGGAGGACCAAAGUGCCAGUGGGAGCGAGGGAGAGAGCCUGGCAGCACGCCAGUGGAUGGAGCCACGCUGGCAGCCAGCCCCAUGCCCAGGCAGUCUUUUGGGGCCAGCAGCUUCACGACAAGCAGAAAACGUAAGCGAAGGUGUAAGCGGGGUGUUGGUGAGACGGGAAGGAGCCACAUCUCCCUCCCUGCCCAGGCACUGCAGGACACAGGCCAGGACGGCGGAGUCCUGGUUGUGUUCCCAUGUCCUUGUAUGUGCCUCCAUCCUUCAGUGCCAGCCAGGCCCUGCCCCGUCCUGCCCCAUCCUGCCCAGCCCUGCCUGUUCAGCAGAACUGCAGCCAGUUCCCAGAAGCAGGAACCAGCCGGGAGGCAGCUCAGGGCAAGCCGCUGUCUCCUGGGCUGCCCAGGGCAGGUCACAGUCACCCCUUGCCCGGGGCCACCCCUGGGACUGACUGUGCCCUGGGCGGGUUGUCUCUGGUGGAGUCCAGCAAGGAGCAUCUUCCUGACCUGCCGCAACUUGUUGGGAGCUUCCAGGAACGAGGAGUAAGGUCACCGCCAGCUCCGUCACCUUGCACAAGCUGGCGACACCAUGGCCACGGAUGGAUUGCAAAACUCAAGCGCUGCCCCGUUUACUUCCUCCUUGGCCAGUUGAGCCCCUCUGUCAGCUGCUCCGCAUGCAUUGCAACUCUCGGCCGGCUCCUUGUGUCAGCUCUCAGCGGCCGGGCGGGGAGGGGGAACCCUCUCUCUGGGGGGGGGCUGAGGGGCCCUCGUCCCCAGAGAAUGGCUCAGCCGGGGAUGCUGUGCCGCAGGAGUGCCAGCCCCGAGUGGAGCAGGCUCUGAGCUGCACGGGCCACGUCUGAGCAAACAUGCCUCUGCCCCUCCAAAGCGCUGUGUUGGGUCCGUCAGCCCCCAGCCCAGCAAAGGCAGAGGAAGCAGCUGGGGGCGGGGGGGACUGGAGGAGGGUGCUGAACCUCCCACCCCCAGGAGAGCGGACCGAGCAGGGCCACAGGCCGUCCAAAUGCGACAGGAUCAGCCUUGGGCUCCCAUGCAAGACCUGCGGGUGAAGGGCCACCCUGUGCCCAAGCCCUGGUCCAGCAUCAGGGGGCUGCGUGGUGGCUCCCACCCUGCCACAGGCUCCCCCCGCCACUGCCAGCCACUGCUCUGCUGCUGUAAAAUACAGGCGGCCA